AUGGAACGGGAGGAAGAGAGGGAACGGCGUCGUCUUCGUGACAGGCAGAGGAGACAAUCAAUGACUAAAGAGCAGAGGGAACGACACCUUGCACGCCGCCGCAGAAACUACCAGCUCCGGCGACAGAGAGCUGCAAAUGCUCAAUUACUGUCUCUUCCUCUUCCUCAACCAACCUCUUCUGAAGCCUUGGCCACUACCAGUGCUCACCCUCAAUGGCUCACUCCUUUCACCCCAUCACACCAUACACUGUUUCAUCCUCAACAUCAAACCUUACAAAUUCAUCAAGGAUCAUCAAUUCAGUUGGAAGGUUUUCCAAGAAGGUUGCGUCUAAGUAAUAUUAAACAGCUUGCACGAAACCUAGGAAAUUCAAUGAGUGUGCCACUUGACAAUCAAAUUGUCCCAGCAGAGUUCAUACCAGCUUCAAGUGCUAAUCAUGGUAACAGUGGCACAACAAAACCCUUGCGUUUGAACUGUGUCAAGCGAAUUGCUCGAUCAUUAAGUUUUGCUUCGGAAACGACAACGCCUCAGAAAUAA